AUGUUAGGAGAUUACCUCUCCAUGACCAAUUUGGUCUCGGUCUUGUUCCUCGCUUACAUGGGGAACAAUAUCGUGAAUUUGGGCAAGUUUUGGUUUCCGGAGUUGUGCGAGCAAGACGCCAAGUUGAAGGAUUGUGUCAGGCCAAUGAGUUUUCCCGAGGAUCAAUUGUUCACUGCCGAGAUUUGGUUUGUCAGAUCGUUUCAGCGUCAAUACUCCGAUGAUAAAAUGAUCCACAGAAUUGUCGAUCUCGAUCUCCGCGCUGAUGAAUUCAUCCACAAGAUGAAUGUUACAUUGCCAGCUCCUGCGAUGAAAAACGGAACCUUCUUUGCUCGAGUAGAUCUCUAUCCGAAUGGCCAAAGAGAACACACAGUUUCUCACGGUGGCAAGAUGAUUUCUCAUCAAGUGCCUGUCCGAUACAUUAACUUGCUUGGUGAUGGAGAGGAUCUCCAACAGUCUGGCUUCGAAAAAACUGCCCAUUUGAGAUCAAAACUGGAGUUCAAUGUUAUGACGGAGAAGUUGUCCUUUCCGAAGAACAAAGUUCCCCCAGAGAUUCGAUAUUUGAUGCGUUUUGACAGAGAGAAAAUUCACUACAAGCCUGUUGUCUAUGUUUCUGAGCUCAAUUUCCGAACUGAAGAACUCAAGGAAAUCGAGAAAAACAAGGACGAAAUGGAGCUUACUAUCCGAUACCGCCCCGUGGGAAUCGGAAAAUUCCGAUUUAUGUCGAACAUGGAGCGCUCUCUCCUAGGGUUUCAGGAUAUGGGAUUUCAGGAGAAAGAUGUCGACGAUGUCAAGGGACUGAUCGUCGAUACUGAAAUGUCGAUUCUUUUGCUCACUUUCACUGUCUCUGCGUUUCAUCUUCUUUUCGACGCUCUUGCUUUCAAAAACGAUGUUUCUUACUGGCGAAAACGAGAGAGUAUGGCUGGCCUUUCAAUUCGAUCUGUUGCCUUCCAGACAAUUUCCACUCUGAUAAUCUUUAUCCAUUUGCUCCACGAAGACACCUCGCUACUUGUUUCCGGUCCGAUGGGAGUUAGCGUCUUUAUCGAAGCGUGGAAGCUAAUCAAAGCCAUGGGUCUACGAAAACAAGACAUGGACAAAGGCUCGGAGACGGAAGAGUAUGAUCGAGAGAUUAUGAAGAAGCUCUCGUAUGUGUUGGUUCCUCUUUGCGUCGGUGGUGCUAUUUAUUCGUUGUUUUAUGUUCCACACAAGAGCUGGUACGGCUGGGUUCUCGAGAGCUUGGUCAACGGAGUUUACGCCUUUGGAUUCUUAUUCAUGCUUCCGCAGUUGUUCAUCAACUAUAAAAUGAAAUCUGUUGCUCAUCUUCCAUGGAAAGCGUUUAUGUACAAAGCAUUCAACACAUUCAUCGAUGAUGUUUUCGCCUUCAUCAUCAAAAUGCCGACAACUCACAGGAUCGCCUGUUUCCGAGAUGACAUCGUCUUCUUCUGCUACCUCUACCAGGGAAGGAUUUAUUAG